UGGUGCAAGCAAACGAAGCAAGCGGAGGAAGCUGCAGCAGCGGCAAAAUCGAAAGUGGAGGAGGCAAAGGUGAAGGCAGAGGAGGCAUAAGUGAAGGCAGAGGAAGCACGGGCGAAGAUCGAGCAAACGAGGAUGAAAGCACUCAAGGCUAAAGCAUCCGCGAACGGGCCUAAGAAACGAAGACGCCAGGUGUCAUCGACCGAGUCGGAGAGUGAGGAAACCUCCGACAUCGGGGAUGAAACCGACACCACAGACUCGGAAGAAGAGCUGAGACGUACGAUUAAACGCCUGAGGGAAAAGAGGCAAGAGAAGAGGACAGGGAGAAUAAAGAAGACAGGAAAGGGAAAACAAGCGAAAACGAAAACGAACACACCGGAGAAGAACAUACCGACUACGGAAUGCGGUGAGUGCUCACGGGCAAGGAAGAAGAAGAGGUGCAAUCGUGAUGACGAGGACGAUGUCAUGAGAAAUGUGAACGAUAUGGGCGGGGAUUAUGAGGAGACAGGAGUCAAGUUCAAUGAUUGCCAGGGAUCAUCACGGGUAGGGGGUUUGAGGUUUGGGAUGCCGAGCGAGGUCGAAGAUGAGCAGGGGAACGAGCCAAGAACCCCGAUGGAGAAGGGCUAUAAGGGCUUGGCCGCUAAGUGCUCGCGGGAGGGCAUUAUCGAUUACUGCCUCUCCACGCAGAAGAUUUUGUCAUCGAAGAAAGCGCUGAUGCUACGUAAGCUAUGCCAGAAGAAAGGCAUAAAAUACACGAAGAAACCUGAGAUGGUUGAUGCCCUCGCCAGGGAGCAAGUCAAGUUAGCAUAUGAGGGAUUCAAAGAUAACGACGAACAGAGGGAGACGAGUGAGAUGGUGGAGGCGAAGCUGGGGGAGGAUCUAUACGAACAAGAAAAGAGACAAACGAGAUCGAGCAACGAGCAACUAACCACGGUGGAACGGGUCAUCACGACAACGACGGUAUUGCUCGCUAUGAGGGGGCAAAUACCGUGGGUCGCGAAGUACGUAGCGAGAGCGAAAAUUAAUCCGCAGAUGCUGGACUUGAAGGAAGGGGGCGUGUAUGUAGUCAUGUCACCAUGGUCGAAGAAAAUGUACGUCGGUAGUACAAUUCGAAGCAUAAUGCAAAGGUGGCGAGAGCACCUGAGCAAUGCAGAUACGGAUAUGAUCAGGAGCUCGCCGAAAUUGUAUAGGUGGAUGCGGCACUUCGGAAAGGAGAAGUUUUUUAUCGUACCACUGAGACAUGCUGAUGAAGUGGACGAUCGGGCCAUGGAAAGACAAUUGAUUCGAGAUUUCUCUCCGAUCCUGAACACGUGCAACAACAAGACAAUGAACAACGAAGCGAAGAGAUGCAAACGGAAGGGGAGAAGAGAAAGACGGAAGUUGAACCGUACAGCACAGAAGGUGAAGAACCUGGUCAGUUUCAGCAGGUCGGGUACGAAUGAGAAACGGGUAUCUGUGAUGAAAUGGAUGGAGGAGGAGUGGAGGAAGGAGGCGAAGGGGGAAAGAAGAGUGGUAUUCCACGGAGGAGAGGUAUGGAGUGACGGGUGGAAGAAGGUGAAGAGGCUCUUUGGGAUGAUAAAGGUCUCUUUGGAGACGAAGACAAAAAACGAUGUGAGACUGAAGAUAGACAGGGCAAUAAGGAGAAAGAAUGGGGCGGGAGUGCGGAAGAGGGUGGUGGUGAAGGUGAAGUACGACAGAAGGAUCGUGAAGAACAAGAUCAGAGCAGCAACAGAGGGAGUGGUGGAGAGACGAGUGCAAGACAUAGCUAUCGCUAAUCAAAUCAAGAGCAAGAUACGGAUUAUGUGGCGCAGAAAUCGGAUGGUCGGGGAGAUCAUCCACAAUCACCGGAAGCAAGCGAAGGUCGGGGAGCAACGAUGUGCAUGUAAGGGAAUGGGACUUCCGACAAAGGAGGGACACGUGCUGACGCGCUUUUCAGAUCUGGACGGGAUCCUGGCGUUCAUGAAGAACGCCAAGAACGUGACGUGUCAGUCACAAGUAAGGAUUGCAGAGCAUUACGUACAAGCCAUAGUACAGGGGACCGACUACGUGGGCGGAAAAGCGGAAGAUGUGAACGUACCAGCAGGCGGGUUCGUGAAGGAGACCGAGGUGAAGGCAAAGCAGAAGACGUGGGAGGAGGGGGAAGUGGCAACCUGGGCGAGAAGAUUUAGAGGCAUGGUGUUGGCUCCGAUCAAUCGGAAUCAGGGCGACACGGCCGUAAUAUGCCCGGUGAUAUACCGACAUGCAUUCGGGAAGACUUUUGUAUGGAACUCUGAUUAUACGGUGGUAAGAGAAGAGGAGCAGAGGAUUCUGCAGACAGCAUGCCAGGAGUUCGAACAAGCGGACCUGCAGAAGAUUGCAAGAUGGAAGACCGACGACAGGAUUGGACAAGUGUACGUGAUACCAAAAGACAAGGAUCUCUCAAGGUGGAGACCGAUCGCUCCAGCGAAUAACGACCCGGACAGUUUGGCACAGAAGAGAGUCGCAAAGGCGUUGCACUAUCUGAUCAAGAUGUUCCCGACAAAGCAGUCUUUCUAUCUGAAUGCGAUUCAGGAGCUACCAGGAAGACUAGAAGCAACACAGAGAAGGCUCACUGAAAUGGGAUGCACGGGAGUAGAAGGACGAUGCUAUGAUAUCAAGGAUAUGUUCACUAAGAUACCGCAUGAGGCAGUACGGAAAGCAGUCUGGCAGAUGCUACUGUGGAUGUUCACCAUGUUCUGGUUGUUGUUUGACAACAUGAAAGAUAUAGACGUUACUCGUCUGAGGGAGGACAUGUCAGCCAGACUUCAGGCAAUUGCUGAAACGAAGAACACCACGUUCGACGAGUUUCAGGCAUGGCUGGAUAUUGAAAGGGAAAGACGCACCGCAGUCUUGAAGUGGUUCUCCGCCCACGUCACGAAGACAACAAACGGGGAGUCAGACGGAGGGGAUGUCAUGUGUCUUGCCAGCUGCGGAAAGUGUGUGUUGAAGGAGGGGUGGGCAUCGUACAAUAGCCAAGAUUAUAACACAGCGUUGCAGAAAUGCGAGACGGUUCAUUCCCUCGAGGUGUCCCCGCCGUCAGAGGACAACAGUGUAUCCGGUCUGCGCAGCGGGGCGCUCAGUUAUCACACGCAAUCAAUCAUUCGAGCGCACAAAGGUGUCGACAAGAAUGGAUAUUCACGAUAUGUAAUCCCUCUCUUACUGUACUCCGACAAGACACACACAGACGGUCGUCAGAAACAGACGGCAUACCCUCUUAUGAUGUCGCUAGCCGACCACGCGUCGGAAGCCASUCUGCUGGCCUAUCUUCCCGUGCUUCAUCAUCGACCCYGUGACAAAGGAUGGGGUCUACARUCCACCGCAUUCAGGAAGCGARAGRCCGUCAUCUUCCACAAGGCCCUUUCGACGGUCUUGCAAGCUGCGAAGGAGGCAUCGCAUGACGGCAUCACGAUACCGUCGACGCGAUUCGGGGACGUGACUGUCCACCCUUUCYUCCUCAACURUAUACAGGACUACCCAGAGCGAUGUGCGCUGGCGAAUGURAAGUUUGGUGUAUGCCCUACAUGCACCGUGUCGAAAACGGACCUCGAUGUCGUGGCCGAUUUCACGGACAGCAGGAGAUCCCAGACGCUGGAAACUCAACUCGCAGCAGUUGUGUUCACGGCGGACGACGAUGACGUGCGCCCUGCGGCGGAAGGGCGAAUGGCGGAGUUGGACAUGCAUAGGCAUGUUGAACAGAACGGCCUUUGGGGGUUCUACAGGGGGCCGAGUGGCGAUGAUCCUCAGCUAGACUACCACCUCGCAUUGCAAUCAGACCGUAUGCACACGAUCGAACACGGCAUAUUCCUGCACAUGAUCGACGCAUUCAGGGUGGCAGCCUUUGAGAAGUUGCCGAACACACCGCAAACAGAGAUCCUGAAGGAACUCGAUGCGAGAUUGCAACGCGUUAGUGAGAGAUGUACGCGAACAUAUCCCCAACUUGUGAUGCCCGUGGCCACAGGCAGCGAUUUUUUUUCUCGAGAGGGACGCUUCGAGGCGAAGCAAAACCGGUUUGUGAUGACAGUGAGCGUGUUCCUCAUUUUUAAUAUAAUCCCGCGCUCGACAGGCAAGGGCAUUACCGCUUGUUUUGUUAAGCUGAUGCAAAUGUACGUACGGUUGUUUCGGCGCACAGCACACACUCGAGCUUCCCUCGACGAAUGUGACGCGUUGAUGACGGACUUUGUAACGACCAUCAAAGCGAAAUUGGGAAGAUACCAACCAUCAAAUUGGAAACUCUCGAAGUUGCAUGAUCUUAUGCAUAUGAGAACGAGUAUUGAGCGAUCUGGUGUGGCCGACACAUUCGCUGCAGACGUUUGGGAGCAUCACCACAGGAGAUUCUGCAAACAACCGUACAUGUCAUCGAACAAAAGGAAAGCGUCAACCCAGAUGGUCAACCACGUGCGCCGGUCGCUGGCGUUGCAGGAGGAGACCGGAUUUGUGAGGAAAAGGAGGAAGAGGGCCGUCGAGAAUAGGUCUUCUGUGACGGACAGUAUGGCAACGGGGAUGAACACCCUGGCACUACGCGAUACGUCAAUCCUUCAACUGCGCUGGUUCGACAUCGAUCAGGACAAGAUAUGCGAGGUGGAAGACAUUGACAGUCAUGCAUACGAAGACAAACGGCGAGCUGCAGGUGGCAACCACAGAGAACAGUAAUGGAGUCUCGAGGCCGACUAAGCGAUUGCACUCCGUAAGUAUGGUCAGCAACACUAUGGUCUCUCCCCAAAUAUGCAAAAUGAGAAUGAAGGAUUAGCCCGAAC